CCACCGCGUCCCUCCCUCCCUCACUACCAACAACCAGGCCUCAUACAACACAUACCUACCUACCACCAUCACCACCACCACCACCACAAUUCUUCUCAAAAGAAUAACUACCAAAAUGCCUCCCACACCCCGCCCCUUAACCCUCAUCGUCGCUACCACCCCCAUCCCAACCCCAACCCCAACUCCCACCCCCACCUCCACCACCGAGAGCAGCAGCAGCAGCACCCCAAUCCGCCUGGGAAUCGGCCACUCGGGCACGCUCCCCUGGCCACGAAUCAAAACCGACAUGUCAUUCUUCGCGCGGGUGACCUCCCGCCCGCCAGUCCCCGGAACCACCAACGCGAUAAUAAUGGGGCGGAAGACGUACGAUUCCGUGCCGGCGCAUCUGCGGCCGCUAGCGAAGCGCAUUAGCACUAUCAUUACGCGGGAUGUGGAGGGGUUGAAACCUAGGGUGGCGAGGGAGGUUGAGGAUCGGAAAGCUAAGUUGGCUGCGUCUGCUGCUGCAUCUACAUCUGGGGGUAAUGGUAAUGCUGUGCAGCCAGCGACAGACGCGAUCGUGUGCGGGGGAUUGGAUGAGGCGCUGCAGGAGCUGGAGACGAGGUAUGGAGAUGAAGGGAAACUAGGCAAGGUGUUUGUGAUUGGUGGGGCGGAGAUAUAUGGGGCUGUUUUGGCUGCUGCGAAAGGAGGAGGGCCGGUGAGGAUUGUGAUGACGAAUGUGGAGAAGAAGGGGUAUGCGGAGGGAGAUCGGGGGGAGGUGUUUGAGUGUGAUACGUUUUUUCCGGUGGAUGAGGAGUUGUUUGGGGAGAAGGAGGGGUGGAGGAGGGUUACGCCGGAGGAGGUUACGGAGUGGGUUGGGGAGGAGGUUACGGGGAGGUGGAUUGAGGAGGGGGAUGUUAGGGUGCAGAUGGUGGGGUAUGAACGUCAAUAGUAUGUAUACUAUUGAGAAUAGUAGUGGUGGGUAGAGCUAUGUGCGCGGGCGUACUCGGUGUCUAUCAUGGUGGAAGUUGAUAUACUUCUGGCAGAGUCUAUGUAUACGGCAGAUAUGUACAGUCUAGAUAACAACUAGCCGCCCUAAUAAUGCUGGUACAAAUCACAUGCUCUCGCUGAAAUAACAAAUCAAAACCCAAAUCAGAGGCAAACAAACCAACUCCUUGCUAAUAUACAAGCACAUGG